UACACUAAACUUUGACUCCGGCCACAGUUGCACCAGAGGGUGUUUCUCAAACUCGCAGGUUUUGACAGCACUUUAUUACAGCAUGUUCCUGGACUCAGACGGAAUGAGGAGCAGUUGUUGAGGAAACUAUGGCCGUGUUCCGCUACUCCCCCGUGGACUUCAUCUUCACAUGCCUGGGUCUGGUAUUCCUGGUUCUUGACAUAGCUCUGGACAUUUUUGCAGUUGUGUCUUUCUACCAGGAGGAGGCCUACGUGAUCCUUGGUGUCCUGGUGCUGGUUCUGGUGGGCUCGUCCAUCCUGGUCCAGGUCUUCAGCUGGCUGUGGUACAGCUACGAGGAAUUCAGUAGAAGCACAGUGGUUGAGAAGAGUCUCAGCCUGUGGCAGCUCGGGGUGGUCCACCUACUGCAGCUGGGAGCCUACGUCAGACAUGCAGGGGUCAUGGAGAUGUCUGUCCGCAGCUUCUUCACAAAGACCUCCAACCCCGAGGGUCUGGCUGUGUUUCUGGCCCACGACCUCAGCAUGCUGCGCCUCAUAGAGACCUUCUCCGAGAGCAGCCCUCAGCUCGUGCUCAUGCUCACAAUCAUGCUGCAGCGGCUGGAGCUCCACCCAGUGGCAGUACUGAAGGCCUUGGGGUCGACCUCAGCCAUCGCCUGCAGCGUGACCAUGUACCACCGCUCCCUACGCUCCUUCCUGCCAGAUAAAGCAAACCAGAAGGUGGCGUCGUCUUUGGUCUACUUCUCCUGGAACCUGUUCCUUAUCUCGUCUCGCCUCGUGGCGUUGGCGCUCUUCGCCUCUGUGCUGCCUUGGUUCAUCUUCGCUCACUUCCUCUGCUCUUGGCUUGUUUUGUUUUUCUGUGCCUGGAGAUGCCAGACGUCCUUCAUGGACAGCUCUGCUGGAGAAUGGCUUUUCCGAGCCACCGUAGGCCUUAUUUGGUACUUCAACUGGUUCAACGUGGUGGAGGGAAAAUCGAGGAACAAGGCUCUGCUCUACCACGGGUACAUGCUGCUAGAUAUUUGUCUGCUCUGUGGCCUGUGGUUCUGGAAGAUGAGCACAGAAGCGUCCGACUUGAAGAUACCACAGCUGAAUGCUCUAACUGCAGUGUUGAGCGUUGUUGCUGUUUACAUCCUUGGUCUGUUUUUGAAGACUGUAUACUAUAAAUUCUGUCACCCAAACCUGACCAAAGAGGAGUUGAAAGAUGCCACGUCUGACGAACGCCGACCUUCCUCUGAAGAUGUGGUCGAUUCCAAACAGGACUCCCAAGAAUCAGAUGAUACGUAUGAAGUCACACUCAGGUCUUUUGGCUUAGUCGUCCCUCCACCGUCACCCAAACGAUGCAACAAAAGAAUGAGGAAGUUGGCAGAGAGUUUCUACGCCUGACCUUCCAUCACUGGACGUCUGACACAGGAUGAGGUCAGAGAGGAACUGGGAGACUGGUGUUUAAAUGUGAAGAAAAACAAUAAUGCGGUAUCUUGGAUGUUUAACAUGGACAGUUUGACAUUUCCUACUGUACAGUAACGUUAUAAAAAAGUUGGUAAAUUAUCAGUAAGCUGGGGUGUUUUGGGUACAUCUUAACCAUCAUGAUCAUGUUCAAAACAUUGUUGUCUAUAUUGUUAUAACAGAAAGAUAAAUAUCAGCAGGUGGAUGUCAGUGUUUACAGCUGGUUUUGUUGACUAAUCCAAAUGAUGGAAUUAUUAAUAUGGAAAAAUGUCAAGAAAAUACAGGGAAAUAUUUAUUACGUGGAGAGUUUCAGUCAAGUGGUUGUCUCAUCCUGCCAACCCGUCUGACUGUUGGUCAGUCAGACUGCUGGUCGUAGACUGACUGACUGACUGACUGACUGACUGACUGACUGACUGUCCUGAUCUCAGUCGUGCUGGUCAGACACAGGCCGGGCCAAACACAUGUUUGCAGUUACAUGGUUCUUUUUUUAAGUUCUUCUCACAGUGUGUUUAAAUGACAGCAGGUGAACUGACUGUGCGUCAGAGCAACGGUUGGUGGUUGAACAGUUUGUUCGUUCUGCCUGCCACCACGUUAAUGACUGUUUCUUAAGUGAAUUCGCACAAGAUAUUUUCUAUGUUAGAGAUGAAAUCAGCAGAACUAACAGUAGUUAAAUGUGUGUCGUUUUAGCUGCCAACUCUGGAAGUGUUGUGUCGAGAAUAUAUUUGUCUGUUUUAAUUUAUUAUUUUUGCACAGAACAACAACUGGUCAGGGUCAGUGUUAAUGGAGCGUCGCGUGUGUUUUAACCCCCACAUGUGCCGCCCGUUAGGUUUCAGGAUGACUUCUGAGAAGUGACUCAGCAGAUGUUCAAUUCCAACCGUUUCCAUUUGUAUUCCUGCACCAGUUUUUAAAAAAUAAACUCUGACAGAGUCCUAAACUCUCUGUUCUGACUGAG